CAGCGGCACUUGGUUUAAUUCUUGUUUAACAUCCAAGCGAAGAAGAAGCAGACGGUGCGAGCAGAAAAUCGCGAGAAGUUCGUUCCAAGUGCAAGUCAGUGACCAGUAAAUCGGAAAAAAACACAUUAUAAUCAAAGAUGGCAGCCGCAAAAGCACCAGCAGUCGGUAUUGAUCUGGGUACGACCUACAGCUGUGUCGGAGUGUUCCAGCACGGCAAGGUCGAGAUCAUCGCCAACGACCAGGGCAACCGAACCACGCCAUCGUAUGUGGCCUUCACUGAUACGGAGCGUCUGAUUGGCGAUGCUGCCAAGAACCAGGUGGCCAUGAACCCGACCAACACCAUCUUCGACGCGAAGCGUCUGAUCGGCCGCAAGUUCGACGAUCCCGCGAUCCAGGCUGACAUGAAGCAUUGGCCGUUCGAGGUGGAGUCGAUCGAGGGCAAGCCAAAGAUCGCGGUCGAGUACAAGGGCGAGAAGAAGUGCUUCUUCCCGGAGGAGGUCAGCUCGAUGGUGCUGACCAAGAUGAAGGAAACGGCCGAAGCCUACCUGGGCAAGACGGUGACGAACGCCGUCAUUACCGUGCCAGCCUACUUCAACGACUCGCAGCGCCAGGCGACGAAGGAUGCCGGUACCAUCUCGGGACUGAACGUGCUGCGCAUCAUCAACGAGCCGACCGCGGCCGCCAUCGCGUACGGUCUGGACAAGAAGACCGCCGGUGAGCGCAACGUGCUGAUCUUCGAUCUCGGCGGCGGCACCUUCGACGUGUCGAUCCUGUCCAUCGACGAUGGCAUCUUCGAGGUCAAGUCGACCGCCGGAGACACCCAUCUGGGCGGUGAGGACUUCGACAACCGUCUGGUGAACCACUUCGCACAGGAAUUCAAGCGCAAGCACAAGAAGGAUCUGUCCACCAACAAGCGCGCCCUGCGCCGACUGCGCACGGCGUGCGAGCGCGCGAAGCGCACGCUCUCGUCGUCGACGCAGGCGAGCAUUGAGAUCGAUUCGCUGUUCGAGGGAACCGAUUUCUACACCUCGAUCACGCGCGCCCGCUUCGAGGAGCUGAACGCCGACCUGUUCCGCUCGACGAUGGAGCCGGUCGAGAAGGCGCUGCGCGACGCCAAGAUGGACAAGGCGAGCAUCCACGACAUCGUGCUGGUGGGUGGAUCGACGCGCAUCCCGAAGGUGCAGAAGCUGCUGCAGGACUUCUUCAACGGCAAGGAGUUGAACAAGUCUAUCAACCCGGACGAGGCCGUCGCGUACGGUGCCGCCGUCCAGGCCGCCAUCCUGCACGGCGACAAGUCGGAGGAGGUGCAGGAUCUGCUGCUGCUCGAUGUGACCCCGCUGUCGCUCGGUAUCGAGACGGCGGGCGGCGUGAUGUCGGUGCUGAUCAAGCGCAACACGACCAUCCCGACCAAGCAGACGCAGACGUUCACCACGUACUCGGACAACCAGCCGGGCGUGCUGAUCCAGGUGUUCGAGGGCGAGCGCGCCAUGACGAAGGACAACAACCUGCUCGGCAAGUUCGAGCUGAGCGGCAUCCCGCCGGCACCGCGCGGCGUGCCCCAGAUCGAGGUGACGUUCGACAUUGACGCGAACGGUAUCCUGAACGUGACGGCACUCGAGAAGUCGACCAACAAGGAGAACAAGAUCACCAUCACGAACGACAAGGGCCGCCUGAGCAAGGAGGACAUCGAGCGCAUGGUGAACGAGGCCGAGAAGUAUCGCACUGAGGACGAGAAGCAGAAGGAGACCAUCUCCGCGAAGAACGCGCUGGAGUCGUACUGCUUCAACAUGAAGGCCACCAUGGAGGACGACAAGCUGAAGGACAAGAUCACCGACAGCGACAAGACCCUGGUGCUGGACAAGUGCAACGACACGAUCAAGUGGCUCGAUGCCAACCAGCUGGCCGACAAGGAGGAGUACGAGCACCGCCAGAAGGAGCUCGAGUCGGUGUGCAACCCGAUCAUCAGCAAGCUGUACCAGGGCGCCGGUGGUGCCCCGGGAGGCAUGCCCGGAUUCCCGGGCGGUGCUCCGGGUGCGGGCGGAGCGGCCGGCGGUGCUGCCGGUGGUGCCGGUUCCGGCUCGGGACCGACCAUCGAGGAGGUCGACUAAAUCACUCUACAUUCCGACUGAUGAUGGCGCGUCGUCGUGUGUGUGUACCACAAGACUAUGCUGUCUGCAGAGAGGGGAAAGGACGGGAAUGCAAUCGCUUCUCCGUGCUUCAACAAAACCAUUUACCACCAGCGUCAUCUUCCCUCUCUGGCUCAGCUAGCGGCGCUACCCCCCUGGACAACACAUCAUCUUGCCCCCACUGUAUUUUCACGUCGUACGCUGCUUGAAAGCUAGCUUUUUCGCAGUGAAAAACCAAACCCGACAGCACCAGCCCUCUUUUCUUCUGCCAGUCUUCUUUUGAUCUUUUUCAUCUUCUCACCAAAACACCACCACCUCAGCAGCCAGUCGAUUAGUGGCCAUUUAUCAUUGUAGUUCGGUAGGGAAAGGCAUUACUUCAGCGAUCGUUGUGUGAGAGUGUGUGUGUGCGCACGUGCGCUCGCGUGAUAUAUGCUGACAAGUAUUUUACUUUAAUGUUGAAUGUUAGUUUAUUUUGCGCUUCUCGGGUCUUCCUGCGAUGGGAGCGGAGGAGGAGAGGUCGCGCAACCCAGUUUACACGAUUGCACACGCGAACACUUGCUCUUCUCUUGCCCAGCCAAUAAUGAUAUGCGCGCGUAAGUGCUGAUUGAAAUUUUAAACAAACGAAACAAGAAAUAGACCAAACAGAUCAAUAAAAGAAAGCUCUGUUAACACUCCAAUGAACAACAUCUCGAUUGGAGCGAAAUUAGAAAAA